CUGAAGCAGGACCAAUGCAGCCUGCUCCUCCCAGGCUCCCUGCUGCCCCGCUUUAACGCCUGUCGAUCAUUCAUUCGCUGCGCAGCUGGAUUUGGAACGCAUUGAUGCAUUUGAAGCUGCAGAUUGUUUCCAAAGGCGUCAAGUCUACACCUCCAUCAUCUCCUGCAUUGCUUGCACUCGACAACAUCCAGCUCAAAGGCCUUGAACAACCAGAAGAGGAGCGCAUUGUCCGCUUAUAGCGAGCGCUGGGCAGUCAACAUCUCAAUCGAUUGAUGGUCCACCUCUUGCGACCAAGCUAGUUUGGCCUUCAAAUCUGAUCUUUGCCUCAUUGCCACUGGAGAUGCGCCUCAGCCAAAUUGCUUUUUCAGACAUAAGCUCCCCUUUGUAGACUUCCAAACAAAUUAGAGGCGGUAAUUCCCGCUCGCUUGACGCUGCAAGCCGGGCAACUCCCCGACUGUGGCCAGCGCCCCUCCACGUUCUGCACUGCAAAUCACGGAAACAAUUCAUUUUAUCAACACAGCUACCACCAAUCCAUCCCUUUGCCAGCCCAUAUCAAACCCAACAUCUUAUGGCUGGGGCCCACUGCUGAUCACCCAGCCAGCCAAAUUCAAAUGGCACGGAAAAAGCAGACCGCGGCAGGGCGCCCGAGGCCUGGGGCCGCGGUGUUGGCGGGGGCGGCCGCAGGAGCAGCGGCGGGGGCAGUGGCUGCAGCAGCUACUGUGGAUACGAGCAACAACAGGAGAAAAUCAGUCGGGGGCCCUAGUGGUCGGGGGGGUGCCCAAGCGGGGGGGGGCGCCGGUCGAGGGGCCGGAAGAGGGGGUCGAGGAGGCGGCGGCAGCGGCGGGGGGGGCGACGGAGGUGGCGCUGGAGGGGGCCGGGGCGCCAAGCCCUACCGAUUCAGGCCAGGAACGCAAGCUCUCCGGGAGAUCCGAAAGUACCAAAAGUCUACGGACCUGCUGAUUCGGAAGUUGCCGUUUGCGAGGCUGGUCCGGGAAAUCAGCAACAAGUUCACCAAGGAGGACUUCAGGUGGUCUGCGGAAGGCCUGCUGGCGCUGCAAGAGGCCACGGAGGACUUCCUGGUGCACUUGUUCGAGGACACUAACUUAUGCGCGAUCCACGCCAAGCGGGUCACCAUCAUGCCCAAGGACAUGCAGCUGGCGCGGCGCAUCCGCGGGGGCUACUCCGGGGGCCAGCCCUUUUAACCCCGAGGGGAAAAGGGGCGCCUUUUUCGCGAUCUUGCUGCGGGCAAAGCUCUGUCUUGGGGAGGUCCUCAAGCUGGGGGAACCUUCUGGGGGACCCGUUUUCGCCAGCGUCGUGUUUGUGGGCGGCACAAUAGAUUGUUGAGCCGCAAACGGCGUGUGUCUCUGUCAAAGUUUUUGCAGUUUUAAGCACCCUCCGAGCUGCGAGUCAGAUCGUUGCUGGAGAAGGUCUCUUGGGCCGGCCCCUGCAUCGGCCGGCCUGGGAAUCUGUCACCUCUACAAUGGUCGCAAACUGUGGCUUUUGCAAAAGGAUAAACGGGUGGCCUUUCAGAAUCUAGAAAUCCGGUCGAUCUAGAACCAGUCAGCACGACCCAUCGUACUCCGUGCCUCUUAAAGACAAUCAAUGAAGGGGCAAUCUGUUGCUGCUCCUUGUAGAUGGCUGUAGAGCCUGGUCACGUGCGCUUUCUCCAGAUGAACGAUGGCAGUGCGGCAGCAAUGAAAAGCUGCCAAGCAUUUGAACUUUUAAGGAGGCAGCGACGAUCAAUCGCAACUGAAAGAUCUAGAUGAUUCAAUGCACGUGCGGCACGUGUGCUUUGAUCUGCCG